UCAAUCUGCUGUGCUCAAUUUAUACGAGUUUGUUUUCGACGAGCUCGCAACUGAUGUCAAAUUUUGUGCGAGCAGUGUGCGUUUGACAGCUGAGCUUGUUGUUUUCGUUUUGCAUCGUGUGUGGUGCAAUUUCACAUUCGUUCGCAAUGGGAAAAGCCAGGAAAGCAAGGCCACAUAAGGCAAAAGUGAACCCAACAGGUUUGGUCGACGUAAAUGCGUUAAUCGACCAGGAAUUAGCAAACGGAAAAUCUGACUCCCCAAUUCAAGCCAUCGUGGAUCAGCUGCAGUCGGCGAGUACCGAGGACAAAAUCUGCGGGCUUCAAACCUUGGCCACUAUUUGCCACAACGAUGUAAAUAUUGGUGCUGUAGUGGAAAGCGACAUCGUUCGUAUUGCCGCUAGCCUGUUGAUGGACUCGGAUUUGAGUGUCCGACAUGCAACUGCGGGGGCCUUCCGGAACCUCUCGGUUCAGAGUGUAGAGAUUUGUGAAUAUAUGGUGGAUCAGGAUGUUUUAACGCCGCUGCUCGCAUUAUUGAACCGGUAUACGACCGCCACAGGAGUCGAAUGGAAGCCAACAUUCGACAAAACCCUGCCGGAUCAAAUGGACGAGAAGUCGGAUACUUUCCUCCAGGCGGUUAAUUUGCUCUGGAACCUGUGCGAAAGUACGUCGGUGGCGUUAGACAGUUUUAAUCAGACACAGCUUCUGGAAAGUUUUGUCAAAUGCCUAAACGUUGAGGUCUAUGGAAAAGAGAUUGCUGUUGCCGUUGCACAAUGCCUUUUAGUCAUUUCUGAGGAUAAUGCCGCAGCAUGGCGGAUUCUGUCGAAUUUUGGCAACGAACUAUCUUUGUUGCUUGCUCUUGAAGGAGACUACCCGAGCGUCCUUUUGCGUACUGUUGCAGCCGGAAUCAUCGCCAACGUUCCGGCCCUCUCCGCUACCUACCUAAGUCAGCUGUUCCAAGCACUAUCAAAAACACUUGACGUUAAUCACCGCGCUGCUCUGAACAGUGUCACGAGUUCAUUGCCUUUGUUGACGCAGAAAGAUGUCGCAGAUUUGGAAGUCACGGACGACACACAAAUGGAACAAGAAUCGGCGGAGCAGUCUUUCCAAAGGAGGAGACGAGCCGAUAUGCCGUCAGAAGUGGAGAUGGAAGUUAGGAAUGUAGGCUGGCUCCUACAAGCGCAAAGAAUCGCAGCAGAGAUUUUGACCAACAUUUGUUCAACCGAGGAAGAUGAGUGGCAGGACGAUAUGGACGAGGACAAUUUAUCGGAGGCAGAGAGUGUCCAUGAUUACGAGACUAACGGAGCUAAUGUUAGCAUUCAAAAUACCGACAAAUUGCCGGUAGAGGUUUUGGAGGCAAUCAAAUCGUUAGGUUUCGUAGAGAAACUGUGGCAAAAAGCGCAACCCUUGGCCGAGAAUGUUGGACAAAUUCUUGCGGAGAAUGACAAAAAUUUACUGAAACGUGUCAACAAUUUGCGAGCCUCCUCAAUGUUGUGCCUCCACAAUCUGUGUAACAACAUUUCAUCGGACGAUCUUGGCGGGGCAGAAGGCAUUUAUCAGGUUUGGUUGGAAUUGGGACAGCAAGUUUUCCAAGGACACCAAAAUCCUAAGCUACUGGAAGCUUCAACCUCACUCAUGCGUGCCACAUUGGAACAUCUUCGUAAAAGCCCGGAAUUGUUCAAGCAAAUGUCCGAGAGUGACCUUCAAUUGAUGCUGAAUGGUGUGACAGAUUGCCAGGAUGCGGAAAUUCGUGCCAAUUGGCUUCGGAUGUUGGGAAUCCUCGGUUGUUUACUGCCGGAACCAUUGAUCAAACUGAUAAUUGACUUUGUCCUCACAACCUGUCUCAAAGAGAAAGACCUCUGGACCAUUUCGGAAGCAAUGGAUUCGAUGAUGGACAUUUUUGCCGAAAAUGAUUGGAAUCAGGUAGUGCACGAUCUGAGUAUGGUGCCAAAAUGCAAAGAGCUGGACCGACAUCUAAAAUCUAAACUGAAACAGAGCAAACGGGAGCUGAAUGAGCGCUAUCCGGCCGUUUGCACCGUGCGCACCAAUCUUAGUCGAUUCUGUAAGUAUCUUGAAACUGAAAUGAAGAAAUUUAAGCCUUCCAUGGAUACAUAAACAUCUAUGAUUAGAAACAAUGACUCAACCGCCUGAAAACUACCUAUCAGAAACAUAUUUGACCUUCUGUUGAUCCCAGAUUUAGAGUUUAUCAUCUGCAUCCUUUAGACGUUAGGAAUUAUAUACGAACUGAAUAAACAUUUCAAAUUUUCCUUGGUAGAAACUAAAAGAA